GCUUGCCAUGAAACAAUGUCGGCCAUUGAAAAUCCCCGGAUUGAAUCAACUUAUUCCACAUGCAUUUCUUGAUGUCGUUAGCUAUAAGGAGAGCUUACUCGACAAACCCCAUUCCCUCCACCCAACUCCACGACGUUGGUAACACAAUACGACUUCACAAUGGCCAAACGAGCGCAUCAAGCAGACAUGGGCAGUGAUACCAUUGACUCAAUGUUUGUAGCAGCACCAGGUACAGAGAUAUUGAUGGAUGAAGAAGGGCCUGGUGCAACAGAACAAAGACUACACAAGCUUCAACAUGCUAAAAUUGGAGAUGGUCAUCUUCUCCUUGUCCCGCAACCGUCACUUACAGAUCCAAAUGACCCGCUCCGAUGGUCGACUCGUAAGAAGGGGGUAGUGCUUAUGAAUGGUGUUGCUUAUGCUUUCAAUGGAGCCGUUACGGGCCCGAUGAUGGCUGGAGGAAUGAUACAGCUGUCAGAGUUCUUUGGGAAGUCUUUGACAUAUCUCACAUAUGCAAAUGGGGCGACAUUGAUCUGCCAAGGCAUUGGUAAUCUAUUAUGGAUGCCACUUGCUGUCAAAUACGGGCGCCGUCCAGUGUAUCUCACCUCGAAUUUCCUUAUGGGAAUUGCCUGCAUCUGGCUUGCAAUUGCUGCUGAGACAACCUACACUCCCUUCAUCGUCGGCCGAGCAUUCUUAGGUCUUUUCGAGGCUCCCAUCGAAGCUAUAGUCCCUAGUACAGUCACAGACAUCUUUUACCUCCACGAGAGGGGGGAGAAGAUAUCUAUCUAUGGUCUUGGCGUUCUUGGUGGAAACGAAAUUGGUCCUCUUGUCAGUGCGUUCAUCAUACAGACGCUGAGUAUGCGCUGGGCAUUCUUCAUUAUUGCCAUAUCGAUUUUCAUCAAUCAAAUCACCUUGAUAUUCUCUAUGCCGGAGACGAAAUUUCUUGGAGUCCGGCCCCAGAUUAUGCUACCUAGCCAAAGGAUCGAGACAGCAGAGUCUAUUCCAGAAGAAGUCCGCACGAAGAGCGAAUGUUCUCAGGUUGAACGAAUAUCAAACGAUACCAGUGCUCCGCAAGUCUCAGAAGUUCCAGAAAGGUCAUACUGGAAGAAUCUAGCCUUCUGCUCUCAGGUUGACCAUAGUGUGAGCUUGAGGAAGACCUUCCUUCGCCCUUUCGUCCUGAUGACAUAUCCAACGGUACUCUGGUCUAGUCUUGUAUAUGGCAUGAGCCUGGGAUGGAAUGUUGUUCUCGGAGCUUCUGUGGCUCAAUUGUUUGCCCCACCUCCAUACCUGUUCAACUCAGGAGAUCAAGGCCUCAUUUUCAUCUCUCCGUUCAUCGGCUCACUGGUCGGAACGUAUCUUUGUGGUCCAUUGGCUGACCGAAUUGCAAAUUGGGCUACAAAGCGAAAUCAUGGGAUACGUGAGCCAGAGAUGCGUCUACCAGCUUGUGCGAUCGCUAUUGCCUUGACCUUUUUCGGAGCUCUAAUUGCUUCAUUGACCUACAAUGCGAAGACACAUUGGUCAGGCCCUAUCAUUGGAUUCGGUAUCUUGUCUGCUGGUGCUCAAAUGGGAGCCACACUUGCUAUGGCGUACUCGCUUGAUUGCCACAAAGAGCUUUCCGGCGAGCUAAUGGUCACAAUUUCUUGCCUCAAGUCUGCGAUCGCAUGGAUUUGGACAUGGGUCAUCAAUGAUUGGAUUACCUCUGAUGGACUCGUCGUUGUUUUUAUGACUAUUGCUUCCAUAAAUGUUGCUGUAUAUAUGACGACCAUCAUUUUCUACCUCAAGGGCAAGGCUUUCAGGAUUUGGAUUCACAAGGCCAAUCUACUCAGACAGACCGGAUUGGAAUGAGACAUUGCGUCCAGGAUUUGAAAGUUCAAGAU